UAAUUGCAAAGAUGGCUCGGCGACUUCCAAACUACGAGCUUCUAUCAGAAGAAAAGACAAAGGAAAUGUUGCAGCUUUUUAAGGGCGAAAGAACUGGAUUCGUUCUUGUGGGUCCGCAAAAAUACUUUUUUCCUCAUAGAUAUAUAGAACAGGCUGAAGGCUUCUACAAUUUUAAAGCUAAAUCGGAUGACAUAUGGUUGCUGUCGCAUCCAAGAUCGGGGACAACUAUGAUGCAAGAACUCAUAUGGCUAUUGGCUAACGAUUUGAACUUCGACGUAGCGAAAAAACGUCUACUUACUGAAAGGUUUCCAUUUCUCGAAUUCAGUUUAUUUCAACAUCCUGAAGUGACUCAAGAAUUUUUGUUAAUCAACAAAAAUGACAAAGUAAAGCAACAACUAUGUCGGCAAAUUGCUAAACCCGGUUAUGAAGUUAUCGCCGAAAUGCCAUCACCUAGAUUUAUAAAAAGCCAUUUCCCUUUCAGCAUGUUACCUGGACUUUUAGAUGUUGGUUGUAAGGUUGUCUACAUUGCUCGCAAUCCGAAAGACAUGGUAACGUCUUGGUAUCAUCUGAAUAGCUCAAUCAAGACACAAGGAUAUAUUGGUCACUUUUCCACCUUUUUGGAAUAUUUCGUAAACAACUUAACGCCUUGGUCGCCAUUCUGGAGUCACCUAAAAGAAGCCUGGUAUUUAAGGCAUUCGAAAAAUCUUCUAUUUUUAUUUUAUGAAGAGGUAACAUGCGAUUUUCCAAAAGCAGUCAAGAAAGUAGCAAAAUUUUUGGGUAAAACGUAUACUGACGAAGAAAUUAACAAAGUGAUAAAUCAUCUUAAUAUCCAGAAUUUUCAGAACAAUCCGAUGGUUAAUUACUCUGAAUUAAAAGCAUGUGGCAUAAUUAAAGAAAAUUCUUUUAUUCGAAAAGGAAAAAAUGGAGACUGGAAAAACAUUUUCACUCCGGAAUUAGAAACAAAGAUAGAGAAAUGGAUCGAAGAAAAUCUUAAAGAUACUGAUCUUCGUUUCCCGUCUUUCAACAAUGACAUAAACAACGACAAUUGAAAA